AUGGCCGAAGUCGAUCCCAAGAAGGCCUCGCACGACGUCUCCUCCCCGGAGGCCUCUGUCACCGAGCCCCACGGCGUGCUCGAACUGCCGCAGUCGUGGAAAUACAAGAAGAUCCUCGGCAGAUUCCCCUGGUAUGCCUCGCCGCCCGUGCAGCUGCUCAUCGUGUCCUUUGUGUGCUUCAUGUGCCCGGGCAUGUUCAACGCAAUCAACGGAAUGGGCGGCGGUGGCCAGAUGGACGCGACCGCCAACAACCACGCCAACACGGCUCUCUACUCGACCUUCUCCGUCGUCGGCUUCUUCGCCGGUACCUUCACCAACAAGCUCGGCAUCCGCACCGCUUUGUCCUUUGGCGGCAUUGGGUACUCCGUCUACGUCGGCUCCUUCCUCUGCUACAACCACACAAAGAACCUCGGCUUCACCACCUUCGCGGGCGCCCUUCUUGGCGUCUGCGCUGGUCUGCUCUGGUGCGCACAAGGUGCCAUCAUGAUGUCGUAUCCUCCAGAGAACUCAAAGGGCCGCUACAUCUCGUGGUUCUGGAUGAUCUUCAAUCUGGGCGCUGUCAUCGGUAGUCUGAUCCCCCUCGGCCAGAGCAUCCACAGCACAGAAGCCGUGACGGUCAGCGAUGGAACCUACGUAGGUUUCUUGAUCCUCACCCUCAUCGGCGCUGCACUCUCUUGGACACUCGUCGACGCCAAGGACGUGAUUCGCGAUGAUGGCUCCAAGGUCAUCGUCAUGAAGCACCCAUCUUGGUCCUCGGAAAUCAUGGGCCUUUGGGAGACCUUCUUCACUGAUCCCUACAUUUUGGCCCUGUUUCCCAUGUUCUUGUCGUCCAACUGGUUCUACGCCUACCAUUUCACCGAAAUCAACGCUGCCUACUUCAACACGCGCACACGAGCUCUCAAUGGCGUGGUUUACUAUUCCAUGCAAAUCGUCGGUGCCUAUGUCUUCGGGUUCGCUCUUGAUUUCAAAGGUGUGCGCCGUACUAUGCGCGCCAAGAUUGCAUGGGCUGCGUUGUUCGCUCUGAUCAUGAUCGUCUGGGGCUGCGGUUACAGAUUCCAGACAACCUAUACUCGCGAAUGGGCUGAGGCGCUCAAGCCUGGCACAGGUGUAGAUGGCGUGGCGCCAGAAUUCCUCAACGCGAAGAAGGACUGGACCGAUGCUGGGUUCGCAGGUCCCUUUGUCUUGUACAUGUUCUAUGGUUUCUCCGACGCUGCAUGGCAGACGUGCGUUUACUGGUUCAUGGGUGCGCUCACGAACAACGGACGCAAGCUUGCCAACUUCGCUGGGUUCUACAAGGGCAUCCAGUCUGCCGGUGGAGCCAUCACGUGGGCAUUGGACGACAGGAAGAUUUCUUACAUGAACAUGUUCGCCUCCAACUGGGGCCUACUUGCGGGUAGUUUGCUGAUCGCCCUCCCGGUCAUUCUGUGGAAGGUCGAAGACACGGUUGCGCUGGAGAAGGACAUCAGGUUCACCGACGAGACCAUCGACGAGGUCGCAGCCAAGGCGCACGUCGUGCCCGCAGGCGAGGUGGUGACGGAGAAGGCCUGA